CUCAUUUCAGAGAUUCAAGAGUUGUUUGAAGAAACUGGAUAUUGUGAACGAUACAUUGGUGGAACUCGGAACACUGAAGAAUCACGCCCAGUUGCGUGCAAGAACGCUUUGAUAUAUAGGAACUCUAUUCGAGCGCGUCAAUCAGUGUAUUCAGACGUUAACAGAGCAGAAAAAACGAAAAAUGAGGCCCUGGACGACUUCCACUUCGUCUUCUUUCCUACAUCGACACCUGAACGACACCUCACAAUCUAACCAGCUCAUAUGCCUCUUAAUGCAUGUACACUUCGAACUGUGCUCGAUAUCGCGUGAAUUGAGCACAAUCUUUGGACUGCAGAUGGUGAUGCAAAUAGCCGUAUUUCAUUUAAGUGCAAUGCACUUUUUUCUUGAAUUGUAUCCUAUCAUUUUGUCGAUAACAACUAACUUUACAUAUAAUGUUUUAGUUGAAUUUUUUGUCAUUUUGUCUUGGACCGCAAGAUGUAUCCUAGAUAUAAUUAUUUUCGGUUACGUCUGCGAGAAGGCUUGCACAAAGGCAAACCGAGUCGAGACGUUUCUCGACAGAUUGGCAAAUGUUACAUUCGACGUCGAAACGCGGGAAAACGUCAUGCAGUUCUUGCUGGAAAUUUUCAGGAGACCGCUAAGAAUUUCAGGUCUUGGACUUUAUGAUUAUGGCUUUAAACUAGUCCACAAGUUUAUCGAAAGGUCUGUGAAGAUGAUAAUAUUAGUGAUACAGGCACGUUAA